AUGGCAGAAAGAAAUGACUCUGCAGUGACUGAGUUCAUCCUCUCCUGGUUAACAGACCAACCAGAGCUACAUUUGCCCCUGUUCCUCCUCUUCCUUCGAAUCUACCUGCUCACAGUGCUGGGGAACCUGGGAAUGAUCAUCCUGAUCCUGCUCAGUUCCCACCUGCACACCCCCAUGUACCUCUUCCUCAGCAGUCUGUCCUUCAUUGACCUCUGUUACUCCACUGUCAUCACCCCCAAAAUGCUGGUGAACUUUGUAAAAGAGAAGAAUGUCAUCUCCUACCAGGAAUGUAUGACUCAGCUCUAUUUCUUCCUUGUGUUUGUGAUAUCUGAGUGUCACAUGUUGGCUGCUAUGGCAUAUGACUGCUAUGUUGCCAUUUGUAAUCCCUUGUUGUGCAAUGUUACUAUGUCUUACCAAGUCUGUUCCCUGAUGGUAGGUGGGAUAUAUUGCAUGGGCAUCAUCUGUGCAGCAGUUCAUACUCUCUGCAUGCUAAGAGUGGUUUUCUGUAAGACUAAUAUAAUAAACCAUUACUUAUGUGAUCUUUUCCCACUGAUGGAGAUUGCCUGCUCCAAUACUUUUGUCAAUGAGGUAUUCCUCCUAGGCCUCCGUGCUUUUAACAUCCUUGUUUCAACUCUGACCAUCUUGGGUUCAUAUAUCUUCAUCAUUGCUAGCAUCCUCCAUAUCAAAUCCACUGAGGGCAUAUUCAAAGCCUUCAGCACCUGUGGCUCCCACUUCUCUGCUGUUGCUGUCUUCUUUGGUUCCUUGGCAUUUGUGUAUCUACAGCCCUCCUCAGUCAGAUCCAAAGACAAAGGGAAAGUGUCCUCUGUCUUUUAUACUACCAUUGUGCCCAUGCUGAAUCCCAUGAUCUACAGCCUGAGGAACAGGGAUGUUAAACUUGCUCUGAAUAAGUUAUUUCAAAAAAUGACAUUCCAUGUGUAA